AUGCUCGUUGAGGCGGUGGACGAAUGUCCUUCCACGGUGUCCACCAUUCGCUCGCUUGUGCCUCGGAGGUUCCACUCGACGGAGGCUUUUGGCGAAGGCGAUUCGUCUACGAUCACCGGUGGCCCCAGAAGCGCCUACGAAGGGUUAGAGCCCUUUAUCCGCGCGUCCAUCACCGAUCGCAUUCACGACGGCAUCUACGAGACGGACAUCGGUCACAAGUCCACUCUCGGUAGUCGGGUCAAGCGCGGGGAAAUCCGCUGCCCGAAAAUGUAUCGCUACGGGAAGCGAUUCGCCGACAAUGCCGCGGGCCCAGAACGGCAGCAGGAAUUCUCGACCAUCGUGAGGUGGACCAAAGAGCCGUCAAGCAGGGCGUCGCCCAACCAGGGACCCUGGGACGAUGUGGAAGACGCGUGGGGUCGAGGGGGCUACAUCGAGCGUGCCGUCCCCCGGGAAUGCAAGUCGUACCUACCCCAGGAGAUUCUACGAUACAUGACUCGCCUAGAACUUGACCAGUUCGGCAAAGAAUCUUUUGCCACGGCGGUGCGACGACACCCGAAGAGGUAUGCGGCGAGUUUCAGCAACACUCAGGAACCCAACUGGCGUGUCAACGGAAACCCCAACCUGGGGCCGGGCACCUACGCCGUCGAACUUGCCGAGAGCCUCACUCUUCCCGCGCCGCAGGGAGGAGCCGGGGAUGCCGAUCCGGCCCGGCCGUCCAUCCCCUUCCGCGUCCGCCGCACGCCGUUCGAUACCCGGCGCCUCGCUGACGGCUACAAGACUCUCAAACCGCGGUUCUCCACCCCACGCACUGCCCUCUACUCGUCGGAGCUGCCCAGAGGAACUGCUGGGGUGGCUUCUGAUCCGCCAGACCCCCCCUCCACGACCAUGGGUGAACGAAAGGCAGGCGGGACGAUCCGAACUGGGGCAGUAUGCCGGAAACGCCUAUCGCCGGCUGCUAAGGUGGGCGGCAGCAGCAACGGCGGCGGCUGCGGCAGACCCGUGGAGGGUUGGGGGACGAGGCAGCCGGUUCGUGCGCCUCGAGCGUCCUUCCGUGAUAGAUCCGGUGCGCGAUGGCUCUCGGCGGCGCGCGGCGGCAUCAACUUGGAAUAG